CUUUGUAAUCAUUUUCCUCGUUGGCCAUUUCCCUCCUUUUAACUUCCUCGCGGCGGGGAGGACAGAGGAAAGUCGCACAAAUUCCUCGUAACAGUCUGAUUGCUUCGAACAGAAGAAUCCCACUUCUGGGUUUUGCUCUCCUCCCCCAACUAUGUUGUUCUUCUCGUACUUCAAGGAGCUGGUGGGGAAGGAGGUGACAGUGGAACUCAAGAAUGAUCUGGCCAUUAGGGGAACUCUGCAUUCUGUGGAUCAGUAUCUAAACAUCAAGCUGGAGAACACUAGGGUUGUGGAUCAGGAGAAGUAUCCCCACAUGCUUUCUGUAAGAAAUUGCUUCAUCCGUGGCUCUGUCGUGAGAUAUGUGCAGCUUCCUCCAGAUGGAGUGGACAUUGAUAUUCUGCACGACGCCACAAGGAGAGAAGCUCGUGGCGGUUGAUCAAGUUCCAUUUUGGAGACACUUUCUCGGGCUGUGACCUGCAAGCCCUGUACUAAUGAACUGAGUUUACUUGUGUAGUCUGAGCAUUGUCUGACUUCAAUUGAAUUUUAGUCUCCCUUGAGACUUUUUUCAGAUUUUUCAAGUUAUUUUUUUUUUCCAUUCGUAUUUGUUGGUAGUAGCUUUCACACUACAUUAUUUUGAUUGGAUCAAAGUCUAGAGAUCACUUAUGAUGAU